AUGUUGAGGCCAGCGACACCUUUGUCGGUGCUGCUGCUCGCAGCAUUCGUCUUGCUGCUCAUAUCGGUGAUCUCGACGCCAAUCAUCAAGCAGAUCCCCCUGGCUUCGUUUGGAGGAGUUGAUUUUGGUGUCUUCGGGUUCUGCCAAGGGAGCACAUGCAGCAAGAUCGAGAUUGGAUACAAUACUGCAAACUUGUUCACUCCUGCACAAACAGCGAGCUUCGAUCUGCCAACCGGUACGAGAACAACACUAUCUGCGAUUCUCAUCGUCCAUCCCAUUGCGGCGUUCUUCACACUCAUUAUGCUCAUCCUCGGGGUGUCAGCCCACUUCCACUCUCCGUCCCACUCGCCACGAUACCUCCUGGGAAUAUUCAUACUGAGUAUCUUGACGUUGAUUGUCUCUCUCCUGGCAUUCCUGAUAGAUGUUCUACUUUUCGUUCCACACAUGGCAUGGGGCUCGUAUCUUGUUCUAGCCGCUACUAUCUUGAUAGCUGCCAGCGGCAUUGUUUCUUGCGCCAUGCGGCGAACUCUUGUCAGUCGGAAAGCUCGAAAACGCCGGAUUGCUGAGAAUGCCGAGAUGAAUGGAGAGAACUUCUACAAUCGUCAAGCAGCAGAGGCUCCACCUAUGAUGAGCUCAGCCAACAACAUGGUUAAUGGUGCCCCUGGAGCUGAUAAAUUGCCGGCAUUUGCUCAAUUUGAGACGGGCAAGAAAGACCCCGACCAAACGAGUGAUGAACGAUUACCUUUGACGAGUACUCGAACGCCACCAGAGACAUCUCCUAACAAUGGUCAAAGGAUGAAUGACCCAUAUGCGCUACCGCCCAGAGGCCAGCCAAGUUUAGACCCUUAUGGAAAUCCCAUGCGGCCUCCAGGAGCUUAUGGUAUGAGAAGUCGGGACCCUUCAGCUGAUCCAUCUUUGAAUCGGCAAUACAGCGAUCCCUCCCUGCGAGGAAGAGGGGGAUAUAGAGGAAGGCCAACUGGGGGCCCACUCAAUCCUUCCAGAGGAAAUUAUGGGCCGUCGAGAGGAGCGUAUGGACCACCUAUGAGAGGAGGGUACGGGCCGCCGAGAGGGGGUUAUGGUGGACCAUACAGAGGCGGGAUGAAUGACCCAAUGAUGGCCGGCAUGGCAGGGGGGAUGGCAGCAGGAGCUAUGAUGAGAGGAGGAAGGGGCGGGCCACCAGGAUAUAGCUAUGACAACCGUGGUAUUGCACCGUCUGGGUCGUAUGGACGAAGGCCUUCACAGGAUGCUUAUCAACGAGCUCCCCAAGCUGGAGAAUAUACCGCCUAUCGCGCAGAUGAUCGAUCUAGUCUUCCUCGAGCAGAGUCCCCUCCACCGCUGCCAGGUCUUGAAUCGGGCGUCGUUGGGCAAGCUGUAGAGAUGGAUGCUUCAACGGGAAGCCCAUCAACAGCGCCUCAGGGAUUUGGCCAAUUUGGGAACAUAAGGGAAAGUGAUGGUGACGUUGCAGGAAUGGUAGGAUUGCAACAGCAGAGAUUACAACGCCAGACAGUCGACAGCGAGACAAGCAGGUACAGCGCGGACGAACCUUACAUUCCACCAAGACAAGCUUGGCAAGGCGGUGAAGGAAGAUCGGCGCCAUUGGCUAGACCGGCUGAACUGCCUGGCAAAAUUGGCCAUCGAAGAGCUAAUUCUGGAGACAAUUACUAUGAGGACGUCGACCCUCAGUUUGCAGAACCUCGAAUCACAGCACCAUCCCCUGUCCCCGCUCCUUUGGCACCCGAUUACGGCGCCAAGGACAGUUCUGCUUCUAACCUAAGGCCCCUGCAACCAGUUGGUGGUCUUGAUGGGAACAGCUCUUAUGAAGAUUUGCAAUCUGGAGCUCGAAGCCCAGCUGAAUCAGAUCGAUCCAAUUUCACCUCCGUCUCUCAGCGUGGAGUGAAUCCUAGAUGGAACGGUGCACCCGGACAUGCUCCAAUGCCCAAUCGACGUCCGGUGCCACAACAGCAAGACAUCCUUCUCAACUCAAACCCGGACUUUCAGCUACCUGGGGGGCGUGGCGGUAGAGGAAACGGACGAGGUGGAGGCGGUAGAGGCCCAAGUCCGGCCGCGAUGAUUCCUGGUAGUGCCUAUCCUAGCGGCGGUCUCUGA